CAUCGGAACCUCCUCUCGUUCUCUCCCACAAUGCAACAGGCAACAAAGGAAGAGAGGAAGGGGACAACAGAAAAGUAACAAAAAGAGGAUAGGGCGAAGCGACUGUUAUCAAAAAUAAUACGUUUGAUGAAUACAUUAUUUUUUUUAAAAACAUGUUUGCUAGUUUUCGUAGCAGGCGUUGCCAUCAGAGGUAACACGUGUAGUAAGAAUUACGUUAACAACACACACAAACGCUCGAAGGCGCAUGUUUUAAUGUGCUAACUUAUGUUAGCGUGCUUGCUAGCUAACCCGUUGAACUAAUGGAUAGCUAUGCCGAGUUAGCCUGCUAAAGUGAUAUCUGGGAUUAGCACGGGCUAGCUAUUUGACGUCAACUAUUUCUGAUGAAUGGCAAAGUUUAAAAAGUCAACAAGUAAUACAGAACUGAAGUAUAACUCCGGAGCAUGAUGCACACGGAAACGCAACGACAAAAAAGACUGAUUCUAAGGAAAAUAUGGUGAGGGCAACUAUGGUAUUUGUAUCAUUGGUUGCAAUCAGCCACAUGGAAGGACACUGUUUUUAGAGUCUGUCAAGCAAAUAGGUGAGACCUCUUCCAUGUUUUCACCGCAGAGAAACUUCCAGAAUGAAGAAGAUCAGCCUCAAGACGAUCCGGAAGUCCCUCAACAUGACCAAGGGCAAGGAGGAGGGGGAUUUUGUAAUGCUUCAGCAGCCAGUGCUGUCCGCUGACUUCCCGAAAGAAGACUCCUUCUUUGCAGGCUGUUACACUACAGACAUAACCUCCUGCGAUCUCAGCAGCGAGGAGGAUAAGGGAUGGAGAACCCGCUCCAAGGGUGAGGGUUUAAUGGGCACCCUGAGGAGGAGGCUGUCGGCGAAGCAGAAAGCGAAAGGCAAAGGCAGCCCCCCGUGUGUGGGCUCAGGAGACGACGACGACACCUUCUCCUCCGCGUCCGUUCCCGUAAGCUUCACCGAAGUCAAAGCGCAGCGCCCGUUGAGGACGUCGUCCUUGCACAGUCACCACUACAGCCCUUCCCCCUGGCCGCUGCGGCCAAACAACUCGGAGGUGAAGGUCAAAGCCAUGGUCCACUCGCCCAGCCCCAGCCCAUCUCUCAACGGCAUGAGGAAGGAGUUUCGUGACAUUGACAUGGAAGGACUGUUCGCCGACCACGGAAGAACGCUGAAAAAUCUGGCUCCUCAGAAUGGAGCCUUGCACUUGAGCAUCGACGAAAAUGUGCCUGUUGACAUAGGGCUGACGCCUCAGGACUACAUCCAGUACACCAUGCCUUUAGAUGAGGGAAUGUACCCCGAAGGGUCUCACUCUUGCUGCAUGGACAGUUCCACACCCAUGGAAGUAGUUGAGCAAGAGGAAGGCUGCAGUGCUGUUCUUGUGGAACCUGGACAUGAAGAUCAGGAUCUGGACUUGCCGCCAGAGCUGUUCCUGGAGCAGUCGCUGAACAGGCUGCUUGAAGGCUCCGCAGGGGUGCUGUUUCAAGCCUCCAGCAUCCACAUCCCCUCACUCCCCCCUUCAUUCUCCCCUCUCAUCAGCAGCGUGUUCCCAAGGACCUUUUCGGGGUUCAGCGGUGCAGACUCAGACGUGGCCGCAAGAGUCAGGCAUCACCUGAACUUCGAUCCCAAUUCUGCACCUGGUGUCAGCAGGGUCUACGAUUCGGUCCAGACCAGUGGGCCUAUGGUGGUAACGAGCCUUACAGCGGAGCUGAAGAAGCUCGCCAAACAGGGUUGGUACUGGGGUCCGAUAACGAGGUGGGAGGCUGAAGAGAAGCUCACCAACCUGCCUGACGGUUCGUUCCUAGUCCGCGACAGUUCCGACGACAGAUACUUGCUCAGUUUGAGUUUCCGUUCACAAGGCAAGACCCUGCACACUAGGAUCGAGCAUUCAAAUGGCAGGUUUAGUUUUUAUGAGCAUCCAGACCUAGAGGGCCACACAUCUAUAGUCGACCUUAUCGAACACUCUAUAAAGGACUCUGAGAAUGGUGCGUUUUGUUACUCCAGAUCUCGUGUGCCAGGGUCAGCUACCUACCCCGUUAGACUGACUAAUCCUGUCUCCCGAUUCAUGCAGGUACGUUCAAUGCAGUACCUCUGCCGGUUCGUCAUCAGACAGUACACUCGCAUAGACCUGAUCCAGAAACUGCCUUUACCAAACAAGAUGAAAGAUUACUUGCAGGAAAAGCACUACUGAGAUGCUAUGCGUGGGACACAGUAGCUAGCAAAUUGCACUUUUCAGGUUCAGAAUUGAAAUGGAACAAGGUUUACAGACAUCUGUAGGAUUUAAAUGAUUGUUUUAAAAUGAUUUUUGUCUUUUUAGAAACAUACUUUUUGGCAUCUGAUCUUUUAAUUGAACCAUGAUUAAUUUGUUGUGGCUCUGAUUCAGUGUUAUGAUUUUGAUUUAACUUUUGAGAGUUUGCUCCUCAUGUAGAAUCUGGCACAUAGCAUGGUAAGCCUAGCACACCUUGUUCAAGGAAGUCCAUUGUCACAGUUACAUAAUAACUAUUAUGUACUCAUGUUAUAACAUUGUUUUUUUGCCAUAGUAUAAUUGAAUGCUGUUGGCAUUCUUGUUUAAUUUUGUAUUUUGUUUGUUGCUAUCUAUCGCAUUUUCUACAGAUCCUCUGAGAUAUAUCAGAUAUAUAAUUUUUUUGAGUACCAAUUUCUAUUGAUGUCAGCCAGCAAAUUGGCCCAUUUUGAUAUGAACAGGAUACUGCAAACAGUUACUUACACAUGUGUUUAUUUUGUAUUUAGAUGAAGGUACUGUUCCGAGGAUUUUGGUAACCAAUGCUGCUGGAUAUGUCAUAGGUCUUAUGUAAUAAUCAUUGCUUUGUAUGGGAAUCAUAAAAAACGGAUGUCACUGAACUCGCUGAGGAAAACCUAGUAGUUAUAUGCUAGUUAAUGCCAUGUCACACUAGAGCCAAAUCUUAAAACCUUGAGAGAAAAGUCAGCCUGUGCUGUCGCCACGCCUAUUAAACCUGCUGUGGAAAUGGUGUUUGAUGGAAAAGUAGGUAGGGCCUAACGUAGCCGUGACAACAACCUUGAGAUGAACACACAAACACAAAUGGGGAAUUACGUCUUACACUACACAAAAAAAGGGAAUGGUGUGAUGAUGUGUGUAGACUCUUCCAGACCUAGGAAAGUUAUGUCUUUUGGUGUCCUGAGUGUUGCUUUGUAUCUUAUGGUAUAAGGGGAGUGAUUUGCUUAAGUCACUUGUACUGAAAUGGGAUGAAACAUUUGUGUUAUCGUUAAGAGGAACAGUAAGCAUUGGGAGAAGCGGAAUGUUAAGAAUUGGAUUAGAAAGAUCUGACAUAUCUUUGAUGAUUUUCAAACAGAGUUCCAUGCCUUAUGAUAAUCAUGUUUGAAAAGAUGAAAAAUGUCUUGUUGUAGUUGUAAUUCUAGAUGUCAGUUGAAAGUCGCCAUAACAGUUAUUGUAUUUUGGAAGUUGUCAAGGGACAGGUUAGGCAGGAUGGGACAUUAAUGUUAUUUUUUUUGUCUCCAGUGUCCUCUGUGUGUUUUGUACUCUGUUGUUUUCUCUCCUUCUAACUUUCAUCAUCUGUCAGUUUCAGUUAUUGACUGUUAACAAUCCAAGCACUUCUUAGCAUAUCAGUCUUCUCUCCAUUACUCAACCCAAUAGAGAUCCCUCAAUUUUUUUUUAUACACUAAAAGGGAAGAUCCUCUUAUCUUUGAAAUGAAGGCUUACAACAACCAGAGGGAAUCAGCCUUUUCAUGUCUUUCCAGUGAACUUUCUGUCCAGUUGGACCCAGUAGAAUGUACUUGCUGUGUGGGGAAUUAGGCUAAGAUGGCACCUGGACGGCCAACGCAGCAGCUGCUUUGGUCAGUUUUGUCAUGUUCCCCGUUUCUGAAGAGUUUCGAAACUGUCUUUAUAUGAAGGAACUGCUCUAAAUGGAGACAGUGUUGACGGACAUGUUUGCGGGACAAUGUUGGGAAUAGUUUUUAAGGUUGUUCUUGGUAAAAGUUGCUUUGAUGGGAUUGUGUAUAUGCAGUGUAUUCUCACUACACAAAGUAGGAGGAAGUUGUGUAAUCAUGCAGGAGUUGUUGUUUGGCAGAGCUAUAUAGUAUUGGAAGUAAGGUGCUCCACAGAAGGCAUUUUGUAUGUGGAUAAAUCUUACCAUUCCUGACUGAGUACGUCAUGGGUCAUUACUGGUGACUUCUUAUUUGGGACUCAUGACUUUAACUGUGCAGCUGUUUGUUUGAGGGCCCAACAUGUGAUUCCUUGGGUCUUGAAGUGUGAUAAGUCCAAAGUGAUCGCAGCAGCGCACAGAAUGGGAUCAAAUCAAUCGUGAUGGCAUCUGUAUAGGUACGUGUUAUAUGGAUUGCAUAGGCUGACUGUUAAAGAUGUCUAUCUGCAUUGAUUAGGCGUAGCUUGUGGUUUAUGCUGAUGGUGUUCAGGUUCAGGUCCAUUCAGCAGGCUGAGGCGCCAGUAGGUAGGAUUGACCUGAAUUUAGCUAAUGUAGAAAUGCUGGGGCUGGUGAAUAGUUGCCUUAUUGAGACCAUGCGUUUUCUCUUCUUAUUAUUUCUCUUCUUAAGACGUUUGUUUUCCAUGAUCAAAAAAAAAGAAUCUGCUCAAGGCAAUGCACAGACGUUGGAGCGUUCGAAAAGAAUAUGAAGAAACAUGUUGACGUUGAUCUGAGCAAAACUAAAUGUGAAAUGAAGUGUUGAGUGCUGAACUGUAAUGUUCCUUUAAUUGUUGGUUUGUUUGUUUUUUUUAAUUUUUUUUAUUGUGUUCUGUUUAAAAAAAAUUCUAAUUGGCUCAAUACUAAAACAUGUUGAGUAUUUUUGCUGCGCCCCCACCCAUACACACAAGUUCCCACAAAUUCACCCUCAGUCAGGCUUUUAAUGAGUCGUUUUAAUUGUCUAGGUAGUCGCUUGUUCAGAUAGCUGAAAAAUAUUGAAAUUAGAGCCGUCAAGCACUUAACAAGCGCUGCCUUAAAUAUGCUUUUUUUCCCUCAUGCAUAUUGUUUUGUUUGUUUUGACUUUGUGCUGCGAAUGAAGGUAAAUGUUUACACAAAAUGUUUUUAAUGUCAGAUUUUGUUGUUAAUUCUCUUCUCCUCAUAAACAUUGGUACAUGGUAUUACCUGUAUGUCUUUUAAUGUGUUCUACACGCUUCGAGCUGCUUUAUCGUAUUGAUUGCCUUUCUGUACACUAGAGAAACCAGAAUGUUGCCAUGUAGAUACAUUAACUAAAAUUGAUCAACUUGGGAGACUAAAAUAUGUAAAAGUUAUACUUUUUUUGCUCACUGAUUUAGUUACCGGUGUGUAGUGAAAAGAAAUCCAGUUCUGUCCAGUUUACAUAGUACAUUUCCAAAGUAACUGUUUUGGUUUGUAUUUUCAUUUGUUAUUUGAAUGAAUCAAUAUUUUGAUUUAUUGCACAUUUUUGGAUACAGUUCAAGUUUUUGUAUCUGCUGAUAUAAAUUAUAAAUAAAAAAAAAAAGUAUAUAUAAAA